AUGGAUGCCAACAUUGGAAACAGAGGCAGAGCCAGAGGAGUGAGAGUAAGAGGAGGAGGACGGGGAGGACGGGGAGGACGAGGACGAGGAAGGGGAAGGCCAAGGACCGUAAUCUCUGAUGAGAUCCGAGCCACUUUGGUUGAUCAUGUGGUCAACCAUAGUCUAACAAUGAGGGAAGCUGGGCAAAGAGUACAGACAAAUUUGAGCAGGUACACUGUAGCAUCCAUCAUCCGGACUUUCCGAAAUGAGAUGAGAACUGAAAGAUUACCAACACAAGGUGGUCGGGAACGUCUUAUGUCUCCUGAACAGGAAACUGAAAUAAUCAACAUGGUCCUAGAAAAUAACGCCAUAACAUUACGGCAAAUACAAAGAAAAAUCCUAGAAAACAAUGAGAUGUUUCAAAAUAUUGAUAGGGUAAGCUUAUCAACACUGGACCGUGUCUUGCGCAGAAAUAAUCUGAGGAUGAAGCAGGUCUACAGGGUGCCAUUUGAACGCAAUUCAGAAAGAGUCAAAGAAUUGCGACAUAACUAUGUGCAAAGAGUCCUUGAGCUAGAGGUGGCUGCAGUGGAGCACCAGUUCAUCUUCAUUGAUGAGGUUGGAUUCAACCUCACAAAAAGACGAAGGAGGGGAAGGAAUAUCAUCGGCCAGCGUGCCAUUGUUGAAGUCCCUGGCCAGCGCGGAGGGAACAUCACAAUGUGUGCAGCGAUUACCCACCAAGGCGUCAUCCAUCACCAUGCUACCCUUGGCCCCUACAACACUGCCCAUCUGAUCACGUUCCUGGACACCCUACACCACACACUCAUUCCACCAGAUCAGGUAGAUGGCCCAGAGCAGCUCAGGUAUGUUGUCAUUUGGGACAACGUAAGUUUCCACAGGGCUGCUCUGGUUCAUAACUGGUUCACUGCCCACCCACGCUUUUUAGUCCUUUAUCUCCCUCCAUAUUCUCCAUUCCUCAAUCCUAUUGAGGGAGUUUUUCUGCCUGGAGAUGGAAAGUAUAUGACAGAAAUCCACCAAACGCGGUAUACCUCUUCUCCAAGCUAUGGAAGACGGGAAAUAUAG